ACAACCACCUUUGAGCAGUGCCGCCCUGGUUGUCUUGUGCCGCCCUGGUCCGAUUGCCCUGAAAAAUACAAGUGAAAAAGGCGAGAUAAAUAAAAAUUUAAAAAUUAUUUGCGUUUAACCAACGUCUUGAGCAAGGUGCACGGAAAAUGUAAGAAAAACGACCAAUAGACCAGACGAACGCGAUUCGGUGGCAGUUUAUACUGCAGUUGCAAACUGCACAUGUAUACAUAUGUAUAAGUGUGCGUUUGCGUAGGAGGCACCAAAAUAACAACAGCAAUCGCAGUAGCAACAAAGAAUCGAAAUCGUUCUCGUACUCGGAUUUGGAUUUGGAAUCCGAUUCGGCAUCGCCACUACCAUAUGUCAGUAGGAAUCGGAUUGGACGGGGGAACCACAGUGCCAAUGCCCAGCCAAUAAAAAUAUUACCCAUUCCCCAAGGAGCCAUAGGACCAGACCUCAGAUAUCCACGCCCUCGACAAAUCACAAGUGUCAGCUGUAGCCAAAUCGAAACUGGCAGCCAUCGCGUGCUCCUGCUAGGGCAGCAACUCCAGGAGCAGCAGGAGGAGAAGCCCCAGCCGGUGGCCAGCGGCCAGGUGCAACCAGCACGCCCGCACUAUGGGCAAUUGCCUGAAAUGCUUCCAGUCUGCCGCCGAACAAUCGAUGCCAACGAACGCCUCGUCCCUGUCCCCCAAUUCACACAAUUCAAACGCCUGCCAGACGACCACCAGCCUUGCAAAUUGCUACGAAUCGGUGGGCACCAAUCCCAAUGCCAACGAGCGCUGCGCCCUAGAAACCGAUGAGCUGCUCUCUAGCCGAACUCCACUCAAGCCAGCAAAAGCAAACAAUUGUGAUACUAAGCGUAAUAGUUUUAAGUCUUUAGGUUUGCUUAAUGGCAGUGCGCCCACCAUGAGCGAUAUCAUAACAACGGCCGUCAAGGAAUCCAUGGAGGUGUCGCAUCAGUCGCUGAUUAAACUAUACGACGUGUACAAAGACCCGGACGACGAGGACAUGAUACUCACGGACGGCAUUGAGCGUCUGUGCAAUGACCUUAACUAUCAGCCCGAUGAGUUCGCCAUACUCGUCCUGGCCUGGUGCCUGGAUGCCUCGCAGAUGUGCCGCUUCACCAAGGCGGAGUUCAUCGAGGGCUUGCACAAGAUGCGGGCAGACACAAUAGCCAGCAUUCGUGUGCGGCUGGAGCAGACGAUCGAGAUGCUCAAGGCGGACGCCGAGAUGUUCAAGCAGUUGUAUCGCUUCACCUUUCGCUUCGGCCUGGAGCCCGAUCAGCGCGUCCUCUCCCUGGAGAUGGCCAUCGACCUGUGGAAACUAGUGUUCACUGUACAAACACCUGAUCUCUUCUCCAACUGGAUACACUUCCUCGAAAAGCAUCCGAAUAUUCGCCGCAUACCGAAGGAUACAUGGAACAUGUACCUCAAUUUUACGGAACAAUGUGAUAUACAAAAUUACGACGAUACCGAAGCGUGGCCCAGUCUGUUCGACGACUUUGUCGACUACGAGAAAAACCGGGCGCUGGUAUCCUCGGGCAUCCACGACGACGACAACAACAACGACGAUCCCCUGCAGAGCCACGUGAAGGCCGAGGAUCCGGGUCUCGUGUCGUAGUAGCAGUCUCCAGUCUCUUCAGGGCCAAGCAACGUUCAACUCGCCAAUAGAAAUUAAAGAAUGUACAUUUUCACCUUCAAUGACGACUCGCUCUCUCUUGCUGCUGCUUAAGCUCGCCCCCCUUCCCUAAAAACACCAGUGGCCACUGAAAACGAACGAUGCGGUGCUGGCGCUGCUUGAGGACGGACUCCAACUGCCAUCAUCAGCCAGCUCUUAUUAUUAUUGGCUGGCCAACAUUCUGGCCGGAGCAACGGACGCAUUUGUUUAUGUAAUUAAAGACUUAUCGACAAGAAUUUCGGAAAAGCUCAAUCAUCGGAAACCACAUGUGUAUAUAACUAAAUGACUUGAAGGCGUAGCAGAAGGCAGACCGUAUAAUACUUAGCAAUUAAUUGAUGUAUUAUUUUAAAGAUUGCAACAUUUUAUGGCACUUAACUAUUUAAAUGCAUACAAUUACAUACUUAACUGUAAGUAGUGGAUGUGAAUUAAAUAAAAACAACUAAAAAAGUAA